CAUUCGCUCUUGGCUUGGGGCUCCAACUGGGCUUGGCGGCAUUGAAAGAGCGCAGGCGCAGCUGGCGGCUCGCAGUGCGCGGAGUAGCGGCGCGGGUGCUCGGGAAUUGUCAUCCAGUGACCUUCCAGAGACCACCAGAAAACAUGGGGAGAAUUUUCCUCAUGGGAGAAAAAGCCAAUUCAAUAUUAAAACGCUUCCCAAGAGCUAAUAGACUUUUCGAAGAAACAAGACAGGGCAACAUUGAGCGUGAAUGCAAAGAAGAAGUCUGCACAUUCGAAGAAGCAAGAGAAGCUUUUGAAAAUAAUGAAAAAACUAAAGAGUUUUGGAACACCUACACAAAAGCGCAACAAGGAGAGAGUAACAGAGGAAGUGACUGGUUUCAAUUUUACCUUACUUUUCCAUUAAUCUUUAGCCUCUUCUUUAUUCUCCUUGUCGUUUUCCUGGUCUGGAGAUGCUUCUUAAGAAACAAAACUCACAGACAAACAGUGACCGAAAGCCACAUCCCUUUCCCUGAGCACCUUAAUAUUAUUGAUCCGUCCCUUCCACCGGAUGAAGUGUUCGAUAGCAGUGGAUUGUCGCCAGGCUUUCUAGAUUAUGUAGUUGGGCGCUCAGAUUCUGUCUCCACUCGCCUGUCCAACUGUGACCCUCCACCAACCUAUGAGGAAGCCACUGGCCAGGUGAACCUUCAGAGUAGUGAAACAGAACCUCAUUUAGACCCACCGCCAGAGUAUGAGGACAUCAUCAGCUCCAAUGCAGCCUGUGCCAUUCCUAUGGUGCCUAUGGCCACCACCAUCAAAUGAAACUGCAGACUUCUUUCUACUAUAAUCGUUUUUAAAAUACUAAUGAAAGAACUUUCUAGCACUUUACCACUACAUAACUGUGCAUUGACUUAUUGGACUCUGACAGCAUACCACUUCACAUUUUCUGAUUUGUUUCAUUAAUUUUGUUUCCUACUAUAAAAUCAUUAUCUAUGCUCAUUUUUGCUAAUGGAAAUACAUGAAGAGGGAAAAACAGUGGAGGUCUUCAUGUAAUUUGAUGAGUUAUACAUAUAUGUGUGUAUGUGUAUAUAUGUGUAUUCAUGUAUAAAUACAUACGUGGCAUGUGUGUGUACAUCAACCCAGCAUAUGUGCAACUGUCUUAAAAAGCCAUUAACUUCUGUUUGAAUCACCUGUAAAGAGAACAUUACUCACCAAAACUAGGGGGAAAAAAGGCACCAACAUUUUGUGUAAUAGAUAGCAAUAUGCUGUUACAUUUUGAAAAGAUGAAUUUAGCAUGUUUUCUAAUUCUUACUGGCUUUUGUUAACCUCCUCUUUCUUCAUCUACCUUAAAAGGAAAAAAAAAAGUCCAUCUCGAUUUUAGAAACAUCUCAGAAAGAGACAGAGAGAAGGCACAGUAAAUAACUUGCCUUUAGUGUAUAGCUAGAAAAUCAUCAGUCAUUAAUGGCAUUUGGCUAAUUUUGUAGGAGAGAUUUUUUUUGUUGAGUGCAUUCCCCUCCCCAAAUUAAGCAGCGCUUGCUUAUUAUCUUUGGAUGUUUCAUGCUAUUUGUAUUAACAUCUUAGUGGGGAGGAUUUCCUGGCAACAGAAUAAUUUCUAAAGUAGAUCUAUGUAUUAAUAAUAGGGAACAGAUAAAGAUUUCUCCUUUGCUCACUGGCGACAAUAAUUAUUUUCUUCUCACUGUUUCAUGGUCUUUUAUUCUACUGUUUAUUCCCUCACUCACCACCACAGAAUCUUCGAGCACCUAAGAAUUUAGCUAAGAUUCUUAAAAUUAUUUUCCUAAUGUUUUUAUAUAGAUUGAAAUCUUUGCCUCAAGAUGAUUAGGAGGCAAUUCGCCAUUAAAUUAAGAACUGUGAUUUUUAUAUUGCUCUCCAGUUGGUGGAGGAAGAUUGCAAAGUCUGUUGUGCCAGGUGCACAAUAAAUCUAGUUAUAUUAGCUUCACACAGAUCUCAUUAUUGUUGCUAUUUCAUUUUUGUAUUUUCAUCAGACUUUUUUAACUACAAGAUUUGUACUUUUCCCUUGGAACAGAGAACAGGCUGUGAAUGAACUGCCAACAUAAACUGGCUCAGAAAGAAAAAGUAAGACAGUUGUUUUCGUAUGAAGUUCCAUAAUAUAUGCACUGAUGAAAAAUUCAUUACAUCAGUUAGGGAAAUGUGUCUGCCACUCCCAAGCCUCCUUAGUGUUGGACAAAAUGGUUGACGAGGCAGAUAGAAUGCAGAUUUCAGAAGUGUCAUACCGUGCUGCCUCUGUCUCUAUCCCCACUGACCCCUUCCUCAAUCUUGCCCUAGAACCCAAGGAAGGGGAAACGCUGGGGAGAAUCCCGAACUAGGGGUCAGAUGAAGUGAAUUCUAAUCCCAUUCUGCAACAUAAUUGCUAUGGUACCUGGGGAAAGACCCAUACCUGACCCUCAAAUUCCUGAAUUCUGAAACAGUGAUAAGAUCAUUUGUCUUACCCAUCUCCAGUGGCUUCAAAAGGAUCUAAUGAGAUGGUGUAUGUGAAAGUAAUCUGUAAGAUGUGAAGUCAUCUAAGUGUAUGGUCAUAGCAUUGUUCUUAUAUUGCUUAAAGAAGAGUUUUCUUCCUGUUUCCCUAAAACCUAUUAGAGUUUUCACAUAGUGAGAAAUAGAGUAGUCUGCUCCAUAAGUGGCUAACAUGUUCCUAAUCUGAAGUUGUGGGUUAUUAAAGUUCUGUCAUUCUCUGCUCUAUACCAAGGCUGUGCCAACUUAAAGAUGCCAGCCAGCUUAGCACAAACAGGAUUAAGCAAAAUAUUAGAAAGGGAACUAAGAUGUGUAUGUUUAGUUAGGUUUUGUAGCUUUCGUGAGCUAAAAAUGAGUAACUCUUGACCUUGGCCUUAGCAUAAAUGGUUUUGAAUUUGGCCAUGGGUACGUGGUGAUCACUGGCUCCAAUUAAAGCUGAAAGUGGGACUGUUUGAUCCAAUGACGUGUGUAUGUGUGUGUUUAUUUUGGUUUAUUUUUAAAUGAAAAGUAAGGCUCCUUCUGUGUGAAUUUUUUAGGUCUUUAAUAUCAGGCCUUAGAUUAAACCAGCAGUUUUCAAAAGUGUAGCCCAUGAACAGAACCCCUGGGAGUCCUUGAGAGCCUUUCCAUGAGAUCAAAACUAUUUUCAUAAUACAAAGAUAUUGUCUUUUCACUCUCUUGAAAAGGAAUUGAAAAUGUAAAACGAUACCAUCUUCCCACAGAUCUUUUUUUCUGAUUUAAAAAAUAUUUUUAAAAAAUUUAAAUCUUAUGUUAGCAUGUAAUGGACUUUUUAAUUUUUGAAUGGAUAAAUACUUUAAAAUUUUCAAUUUUAUUUUCUAAUAUGGCAAUACUGAUAGAUGUCAACACCAUAAACAAAAGCUGUUUGGUGUCCAGGAUCCCCAGUAAAUUUUAAGAGUAUGAAGGGGUCUGGAGACCAAAAGUUUGAGAAUCACAGGAUUAGACAAAGGAGCAGAAUGUUUUAUUAUUAAGUAUAUAUUCUUGCAACUUUAUUUUAUAUUUUAAACUCCUGAUAUUGGAAUUAAUGCUGCCUCUUAGAGAUACCUGAAUUGCAGUAUAAUAAGGAAUGUUGGUCCUUGAAACAAAAGGCAAAUACUUAAACUGAUCAAUGACUACAGCUUUUUAAGAGUGUUGGUCAAAGAAAAUGCUCUACUUCAUUGUGAUAACUGGUAUCAGCCAUUGGUCUGGCAGCAUUUGUGUCAUGAUACCAGAAUAAACAAAAUACCACUUUCUUCAAGAAGCAUUCUCUUAGGUUUGUUUGGUUUGGUUGGAUUUUGGUUGGGGUUUUACAUUUUUAAAAACCCUUUUGCUAUCCUAUCUGGCUUUAUAAACCAAGUUUCUUAACAUUGUUAUAAUUAAAGGGGCUGUCUGGAAUAAUAUAUAUUUUUUAUGCUUUUGCCUUUCUUACCUGAUUGAUAUUACAUUCACCUUUGAUCAUUUUUAAUAAAGUUUUAUUUUUGCAAAUAUAUUUAGUACCUUUCUUAAGCAGUAACUAAAUCGAAUCAACCAAUUUGCAUUUAAAUGAAAGAAUGGCUUAAUGGUCUUCCAGUGGAAUAGUUUCCAAACCUCCACAUGCAGUGGCUGUGUCUGGAAUCCUAGAAAUGGCACUUUCUGCCUCCCUGCUUUGAAUGUCACAAUGAAAUCUAUCUGUUUAAAGUAAAUUAAAUGAUUUCUUCUUUCCCUUUUGAUCAGUACAGAUACAGAUGCUUGAUUUGUUUGAUUCGUUGUUAAUGAUGAUUUGAUGAUUGAUGAUCUGAUACUAUAACUGUGGAGAUAGCUUUAACUUGGUUCUGUGUAAAUAGCAUGUAUUUUGUUUCACAUUUUUAAACACUUGGUUUACAUUAAAUUAUGGUAUUUAACUUUUUACGUUUA